CUCAAAACCUUAUCUGUGGCCGUUAUGGCUACAAGAAGUAUCCAAAAUGCAAAAGACCGCUCUCCACCGUAUCAAGUAGCAUGGCUAUUUUGAUGCGCGCAGUCGUCAGUUCUUCGUGUCAGGCCGUGGGCUGUGGCAGAAUCGGCACCAGACUUGGCCUGAAGCGCAUUGAGGCAGUUUCUGUCUGUUCUUUACGUAUCAAUCUAGGGGCAAGCCCACGGGUUCGAGAGAGGGAGGCCCAGUUUGCAACACUAUCUAUGUGGUGGGCUUGGGUUCGCACCGAUCACUGGACGAUGGAUGGAGGCCCCGUGGUCUAUGCGCUUCGUUUUCCACACACGCAGCUGCAGCUGCUCCCCUCCGCCCCGCCCCCGCCCCCGCCCCCGCCCCGCCCCGCGUGCGGCGUGCCAUGUCCCGCCCGCUCAGCAGCCAGUACGCCGCCCUCCUCUCUGCCGCCGCCCGGACCGAGCCGCACGCAGCCGGCGCGCUCCACUGCGUCAUCCUCAGGACCCUACCGCACCCGCCGCCCACCCACCUCCUCAACCACCUGCUCACCGCCUAUGGCAAGGCUGGCCGCCACGCGCGCGCGCGCCGCGUGUUCGACGCAACGCCCCACCCGAACCUCUUCACAUACAACGCGCUCCUCUCCACUCUCGCCCACGCCAGGCUCCUCGACGACAUGGACUCCCUCUUCGCGUCCAUGGCGCAGCGCGACACCGUCUCCUACAACGCGGUCAUCGCCGGCUUCUCUGGCGGUGGCGCGCACGCUCGGGCGGUCAGGUUGUACCACACGUUACUUCGGGCGGGCAGUAGCGUCAGGCCUAGCCGGAUCACGAUGUCGGCUAUGGUCAUGGCGGCAUCGGCCUUGGGUGACCGCGCCCUUGGCAGGCAGUUUCAUUGUCAGAUUCUGCGGCUUGGGUUUGGGGUGAACGCCUUUGUCGGGAGCCCACUGGUUGGUAUGUAUGCCAAGAUGGGUCUCAUUGGGGAUGCUAAGAGAGUCUUCGAUGAAAUGGAUGGCAAGAAUGUGGUGAUGUAUAACACGAUGAUCACCGGGCUGCUCCGAUGCAAGAUGGUUGAAGAAGCAAGGCGGUUGUUUGAGGUGAUGACGGACAGGGAUUGCAUUACUUGGACCACGAUGGUCACGGGGUUCACACAGAACGGAUUGGAGUCACAGGCUCUUAACUUUUUUAGGAGGAUGAGGUUUCAGGGCAUUGCUAUUGAUCAGUACACCUUCGGAAGCAUCCUUACCGCCUGUGGUGCCCUUUCAGCCUUGGAACAGGGGAAACAGAUCCAUGCCUACAUAAUCAGGACUCACUACGAUGACAAUGUCUUUGUCGGGAGUGCGCUUGUUGACAUGUACUCAAAGUGCAGGAGCAUCAAACCGGCAGAAACUGCUUUCAGGAGGAUGUCGUGCAAAAACAUCAUCUCAUGGACUGCACUGAUUGUUGGUUAUGGACAAAAUGGGUGCAGCGAGGAGGCUGUCAGGGUGUUCUCUGAGAUGCAAAGAGAUGGCAUUGAUCCUGAUGAUUUCACCCUAGGAAGUGUUAUAAGUUCUUGCGCUAACCUAGCAAGCCUAGAGGAAGGAGCUCAGUUCCACUGUCUAGCGCUUGUGUCAGGAUUGAUGCAUUACAUCACAGUGUCUAAUGCACUAGUUACCUUGUAUGGGAAGUGUGGUAGCAUUGAGGAUGCACACAGAUUGUUUGAUGAGAUGUUGUUUCACGAUCAGGUCUCCUGGACAGCACUUGUCACUGGGUACGCUCAGUUUGGGAGGGCAAAAGAAACUAUUGAUUUGUUCGAGAAGAUGUUGGCUAAGGACGUGAAGCCUGAUGGAGUAACCUUUAUCGGUGUUCUUUCUGCUUGCAGUCGUGCGGGGUUUGUUGAGAAAGGUUGCAGCUACUUCCAUUCCAUGCAGAAGGACCAUGGUAUUGUUCCCAUAGAUGAUCACUAUACCUGUAUGAUUGACUUGUAUAGCAGAUCUGGGAGAUUAAAAGAAGCUGAGGAGUUCAUAAAGCAGAUGCCAAUGCACCCUGAUGCAAUUGGAUGGGGGACAUUGCUGAGUGCUUGCAGGUUGCGGGGCGACAUGGAAAUUGGCCAAUGGGCUGCUGAGAAUCUCUUAGAGAUCGAUCCCCAGAAUCCAGCAAGCUACGUGUUGCUAUGCAGCAUGCAUGCUACUAAAGGUAACUGGAAUCAGGUUGCCCAGCUAAGGCGUGGAAUGAGGGACAGGCAAGUGAAGAAGGAGCCAGGUUGUAGCUGGAUCAAAUAUAAGAAUAAAGUUCACAUAUUUUCUGCUGAUGACCAGUCCCACCCCUUCUCCAAGGGAAUUUAUGAAAAGCUCGAGUGGCUCAACUCCAAGAUGCUUGAAGAAGGAUACAAACCUGAUGUCAGUUCAGUGCUGCAUGAUGUUGCAGAUACUGAUAAGGUUCACAUGGUCAGCCAUCACAGUGAGAAGCUUGCGAUUGCCUUCGGAUUAAUGUUUGUUCCACAUGAAAUGCCAAUUCGUAUUGUCAAGAAUCUGCGGGUUUGUGUAGAUUGUCACAAUGCUACAAAGCUUAUAUCUAAGAUUACUGGGCGUGAUAUUCUUGUGAGGGAUGCUGUCAGAUUUCACAAGUUCAGCAACGGGGUUUGCUCUUGUGGAGACUUCUGGUGAUGACAAUAUUUCUGUCUCUGGUCAAUGUCAUUUAUUCAAGCAUGAAAUUUGACUGGGAACUGUGAGUGAACAAAAGGAAAUAAAUGAUUUAGUUAAGCCAAACAUGGAUUGCAUACUUAUAUUGAGCUCUGCUAAAGGUGCUGCAUUGGUGGUGUUCAGUACAUCAGAGAUUGCUGCCAGUGUUGCUCUUGCUGCAACCGGGAAAUGCAGUAGUUCUUUGAUCAAAAGAACUACUGCUAGGUAUGUUCCCAAGGAUUGUGCCAUGUUGUUCUCUAUUUCAAUUUUAUUAUAGCUUCAUCUUUUAGAAGGGCAGCUCUGGUGUAGUGGUGAGAGUUGUCUCACUAAGUCACUAGGUCACGGAUUUGAAUCAACCUCUCUGUAUUUGUGGGGGAAAGUCUUGCCUCGAUUUAUCCCUUUCUUAGACCUCACUCAGUGGCAGAUGGCCUAAUAUGGCUAAGUAUGGCCCGAGCCAUACCUUGGCCCAGCUCAUUACCCCAGAAGCCUCUUCUUCGCGGCUCUUUCGAUCUCGACUCUUCGCCGCAGCUGCUCGCUUCUCCAGCUUCUGCAGCCGCAGGUCGCCGUCGCCCUCUCUCCAAUUCUCUGUACUCUCCAGCAAGGGUGAGGCGGCUUCCGUGCCGUGCGCGGUGCGUGUGCGCUUCACGGUUUUAGGUUCUGGCCUUCAACAAUUAGCAGUUCAGCACCUGUGCUUUAAGGGCUGCAGCUUGCUUGUGCGGCCCGUGGCCGUGCGCGGGUGCGUGUGUGCCCGUCCGUGGCUCCGGCCUGCGCCGUAGGCGCACAACAGUGCUCCGGUAUAUCUCUUCAUUGAUUUGCUUUAGAUAUUUUAUCCAAAUGUCAUUAUUGAUAUAUGUUUUUUUGUUUAUCAGAUUUUUAUUGGUACAUUAUCAAUGAUUUUUUUCGUAUCUUAUGUCAUUAUCAUUACCAACGGUAAAUUCUUCUUCUUUUUGUUAAGAGUAUAUACAUACACCGUGAAUGAUAUGUAUCGGGGGUACCCCAAGCACUCAAGCAAUUCGAGAAGCAAGACUAUGGGCCCAACUCGGUUCUGCUCGUGGAUCAGAUCCUUUCAGUAACUCGGACUCGGAUUCCUCUAGGGUUCGGACUCAGACUUGAGUGUCUAGAAUCCUACAUUGGAGAGAAGAUUGGGUGAUAAGGAGGUCUUAUCUGAAUAUUUUGCAUUUUAACAACAACACUCGAGAUAUAAGGAGUUGUAGAUAGAGAUAGAUCCGGUAAUCUAGGAGGAGAUCUAUAUUCAUUUUUCUUGUAACUAACCCCUUCCUUCGACUAUAAAAGGGAGGGGAGAUGCCCCUAAGGGGGCACAGACAAAUAUAAAAAAGAAGCCACGGACGGGUAUUAUCUUUUAGGAGAGCCCGGACUAGUAUAAAUCUUGUGUCACUACUCACUUGUGUUUUUUACCUUCAGAUCAUUGAUUACGUGCAUAUUCAUGAUA